AUGCACCAACUGCUACUACUACUCUUAGUGGUGUCUGUAUUUUAUGUAAUUUCCUUUGAGGAUGAAUCCAAAGUCGUUUGCCAAUAUCGCGAAAAUGAGCCAAAAUAUCAGCCGAAUAUAUACUUAUGUUCGAAAGGAUAUAGCUGUUGCAAAGCAUAUGGACGCUUCGCAUGUUGCGCUAAUGAUUUGAAUAUAAAAAUCAUGUUAGAAAUAUUAAAGAGUUUAUUGCAAAAUUAUCAUGCAUUAAUCAUAAAUUUAUGUAAAUAUAUUUAUGAAUUAGAGAACGUAAAAACUCUGUUGAUCUAA